UGCAGCACUAUCGCCCUUUGCUCGCUGGCACUCUCAUCUCUGUCUGACCAGAAGGCAGUAGGCAGCAGCAGUGACUGGCUUUGUAAACACAACGUGCUGCGCUGCUUUGUUUCGGAACCGCCACCAUUCUGGGUCUAUCUCUAGCCAUGCCAUGGAUAUUUUGUGGCAAUAUCAAUUCAGGAUAAUUUUGCUAGGAGACUCGACGGUAGGGAAAUCAUCUUUGCUGAAGCGGUUUACAGAUGGAAUUUACAGCGAUGUAGCGGAUCCAACGGUCGGUGUUGAUUUUUAUGCCCGUUCGCUAGACAUCGAGCCAGGGAUUAAAAUCAAGCUUCAACUGUGGGACACGGCUGGACAGGAACGAUUUAGGUCCAUCACCACUUCCUACUACCGUAACUCAGUGGGCGGGCUCCUCGUGUUUGACCUGACCAAUCACAAGACCUUCGACCACGUGAGGGAGUGGCACAAGGAAGUGAGCGAGCACAUCCUGCCGCACAACAUGGUCUACAUCCUGAUUGGCCACAAAAGCGACCUUAACAAGGACCGGAAGGUGACGCAGGACGAGGCUGAGCAGCUGGCGGCAGAGAUGGGGAUACGCUAUGUGGAGACGUCGGCUAAGUGCAACAGCAACGUGGACCGGGCCUUCCAGCUGCUCAGCAGGGACAUCUAUGAGCUGAUGAAGAUGGGGCAGAUCACCACGAGGGACGGAUGGGAUGGGGUGAAGAGUGGCCUCACUACCAGGGUCCUGUACCCGGGCGAUGAGGACAUUGAGGUGGAGCCGAGGGAGAAGAGUUGCAACUGCUGAGAGACUGACCCUCGAUCCCUGACCUCUGACCUCAUCAAGAGUAAUGUUCAUUACGCACCAAACGGAAGAAAAUGGAUUGGAACAAAGAGGGACUACCUGGAAUUGUCCAAUAAGAAACUCAAAUGUAUCUUUUUCGUUGCGAAUCGUUCUAGAACAUGUUCCGAUGCGUUCCCUAAUAAACACGACUCAUGUCUCCA